AUGCAAUCGCUCAGUAUUUUGGUAGUACUUACUAUUUUGGGUAUAGCAAUAGCCCAGCAGAACCCAAUGAUGUGCAGUUUUUGUGUGACCAUCGUAGGCAAUGCCCAAGACUCAUUUGGACCGACUAUAGUCAACGCCACGGAUCUGGAACUCCUGCGGUACUUCCGCGAAGAAUGUCCUCGCUGCGCCAUAAAGUCGGCCAUGAUGGCUGCAGAAUGUGAAUAUUUAGUCAGCUAUCACCCUUUGAUGUUAUUUCGAGACCUUCGAGAACAAAAAGAGGCUUUAGAAAUUCACUUGGACUACAGCCAAGAACUUGCAGUAAUGGAAACGAUUUUCCUACCCAUACUACUUCUACUAUUUGCUGGAUCUCUAGCUGUACAAAAAGCACAUCUCGAUGGACCUUACUGUCAUAUGUGUGAGGUAAUUCUAAACGACGUCCGAGGUGAUUUCAACUACAAUUUCACCAAUGUGACACCUCAACAACUGCUGGAUAAGCUGUAUUACGAAUGUGACCAGAACUUGGCAGGACCGGCAUGUAUGCAAUGUCACAGAAUCGCACGGAACAAUUUGGUGCUGAUAUACAACGAUCUCCAAGCUGGCAAGGGUGCAUACUUUAUCUGCCAACAAUUACAAAUGUGCUGA